AUUAGUCUACAUGGAGCAGGUACCAAUUCUCGAAUAUUCGAGAUCCAAACGGCGGCCAUUCGGUACGAACUCGGCGACAAUCACACCUACGAUUUUGUUGAAGGAACCAUUCCUUCCAAGAUGUACCCGGGUGUGGAUGUAGUGGCCUGGAAAGACGAACCAAUGUACGCCUACUUUGACGAGCGUCAUCCCGAAAGUGGGUUCGCAGCCUACCAUUACUUGGAGGAAUAUCUCCAUGACGAGGGUCCCUAUGAUGGGGUCAUCGCAUUCAGUCAAGCAGGCACGAUGAUUCUUACGUACCUCAUCCAUCUCGCCAAGCAGGAUCCUCGGGAUGAAAUGCCAUUCAAGUUUGCAAUUAUCCUAUCCAUCACUCACCCCCCACUGGACUAUCAAGCGCUGCAGAAUGGUCGUGUGAUGGCAAUCGAUCUGGAGGCUGCCGCAGACAUUAUCCCGAUCCCAACUGCCCAUAUUUGGGGCUCACGGGACGAGGCUGCCAACCGGGUUGCCACAACAAAUACUGUCUGCAAAGCUGAUGUUAGAUGGGUUUAUGUUCAUAGCCGAGGGCAUGAGGUUCCCGGUGCUGGUAUUGCGCUGAGUCUUUUCCUAGCCACGGCUGAGAUCACGAUAAUUAGCACAUCCCUCGUUACCAUCAAUGAGCAUCUUGAGGGAGGAGAACAGAGUACUUGGAUCAUCACAUCUUACCUCCUGACAUUUACCGGAUUUCUCGCCACUUGGGCUAAGUGCAGCGAUGCAUUUGGUCUCAAGUCAGCCUUGCUGAGCUCCCUGCUCCUGUUCAUUGCUUUUUCCGGGGGGUGUGGUGCCGCCCAAAGCAUCGACCAACUUAUCAUCUGUCGCGCUUUUCAGGGAAUUGGUGGCUCUGGAGUUUUUUCUUUGGGCCUCUUCAGCUUGGUCCGUAUCGUGCCUCCCGAAAAGUAUGACACUGCCAGCGCUGUUGGAUCUGGCGUGCUCACUUUGGCCCUUAUCUUGGGGUCGUUGAUCGGGGGCGGCAUAAGCAGCUCGGGUGCUUGGCGCUGGAUUUUUCUCUUCAAUGUGCCCGCAGGAGGAUUGGCAUGGAUUUUGCUCUGCCUCCUCGUUCCGAGGAACUUUGCUAGGAGAGUCACGACUCGCCGAUCUGACGGACUUGUUCGUCAUGCACAAAGUCAACUGCGAGAAUUCAUAACACACGCAGACUCGGUAGGAUGUCUCCUGCUUCUAGCAUUCUCUAUGCUCUUAGUGGCCGCCUUGGAGGAAGCCAAUGUGCGGUAUGCCUGGUCAUCCGGGAUCAUCAUCGGGUUUUUAGCCGGCUCAGGUGUGCUUCUGGCAGCCUUUCUUGGUUGGGAGUGGACCCUUAGUACCCGAAAGCACAUGCGCAUGGAGCCAAUGCUCCCAUGGCAGUUGUUCAAAAGCCGGGUAGUGCUGGGAAUCGUCAUGUCAGUAACAAUUUCCCUCACCUAUUCUGCAAGUGCCACUUCUGGCUUUUUCCUGACAGGGCCUGCUGUCACUAUUCUAUAUAUCGAGCUUCCCCAGAGAUUUCAAGCCGUCAAUAAUUUCACCGCAAUAGAGGCAGGCGUAAGAGUGCUCGCCUUUGGGGCCGGGUCCCCCGUGGGGGCCAUUUGCUGCACUAUCUUGGCCGGUCGACUAGCCACUCCGUUUGUAUAUCUGACCCUCGCUGGGUCCGUGCUGCAGAUAGUGGGGGCCUUCCUGCUUUCUUCCGUCCCCGCUACGGUGGACGCCUGGCCGGGCGAGUAUGGGUACAUGGCUUUAACCGGUCUUGGGACGGGAAUAUCCAUCGCGGCUCUGUACAUGUGUCUUCCGAUAGUGGUCAGCGAAAGUGAGCAAGCCAUCGCAAUGGGCCUGACACUCCAGGCGCGAAUGCUCGGUGCGUCAUUAGGUGUGGCCAUCGUAAAUAGCAUUCUGGUCAAUUAUGUCAAAGCACAUCUUCCACCCACCGAGGCUGCAGCAGAUCCAAGCCACCUUUCCGGGCUACCAAUGGAUAUUCAAGAUACAGUCCGCACAGAGUAUGCAACGGGAUAUAAUCAUCAGAUGUACACUGUUGGGGCAUGUGGGGUAGCGCAGCUAUUUGCUGUGGUACUGAUGUGGAAGAAAGACCAGGUCCGGUUUGUUCGUCAAGUGAAAGUAAAUCGGGCGCUUGGCCACGAAACCGAACUGGACCCUGGGAGCCUGGCAACCUAG